GCAUACAUUUUUCAUACUGACCCCCCGUGGGAAACGAACCCACAACCCUGGCGUUGCAAGCGCCAUGCUCUACCAACUGAGCUACAGGGGACUACACAACACAGGAGACUUGAGGGGAGGACGGCUCAUAAUAAUGGCUGGAAUGGAGUGACUGGAACGGUAUCAAGCACAUGCUGCGUUUGUGUCAAUACCAUUCCAUCCAUUCCGUUCCAGCCAUUACUAUGAGCCCGUCCUCCCCAGUUAAGGUGCCACCAGCCGCCUGUGCUACACACUCUUAUUGUUGGGUGACCACUAAUCCGUUACCUAUUCAUAACUACCUAUCCAUAACCACCUGAACUCAGUGUCCAUACACACGACACACUCUUAUUGUUGGGUUACCUCUAAUCUGAAUUCUCUGUCCCCUGCUUCCUUCUAGUCAGCUCAAGUCCCCCAAAUUCCAUUGAAGAUGCAUAUUAUGAGGAUGCUGACAACAACUACCCCACCACCCGACUCAAUGGACCGCACAAGAACUCAUGUGAAUAUGAAUGAAAUCAUGGCACCCUGUUGAGAUGAAUGUGUACUUGAUGGUACAUUUGCGUGUUUUGAGGGGAGGAGGAACCUUCUUAUCCGUUAUCCUUUGUUGUUUUCCAGACGCUGAUUCCGAUGCGCUGAGCAGCUCCUAUGAGUCGUAUGAUGAGGAGGAUGAGGAGGCGAAGGGUCAGGACAGGACUAGUCGGCAGUGGCAGUCAGAGGAAAACUCUGCGGGCCCCAUGAAGGACUGUCGUAUCUGCGCCUUUCUGCUGCGCAAGAAACGCUUCGGCCAGUGGGCCAAACAGUUGACGGUCGUCCGUGACAACAGAUUACAGGUAGGGCGACUGGGCCUUUUCUGCGGUCUGUUGAAUGUGUUUAUUAUUAAAGUUUUAUUUUACAUCAGGCCUGAUCUAAUUGAGACACAUUUAGAUAUUAGGAGUGAUAUGCAGUAAAGUAUUUAAAAGUCACUUGUAGUAUAAAAAAAAAAAAACUACUGUGUAUCUUCCUCUGCAGUGCUUCAAGAGCAUCAAAGACAGAAGCCCUCACAUUGAGCUGCCGCUGAACCUGUGUAACGUCAUCUACGUUCCCAAAGAGGCGCGCCGCAAGAAGCACGAGCUGCGUUUCUCCCUGCCUGGGGGAGAGGCCUUGGUGCUGGCUGUCCAGAGUAAGGAGCAGGCGGAGCGAUGGCUCAAGGUGAUCCGGGAGGUGGCCAGUCAAGCCAGCAGCAGUGAUGGAUUAGAGGGCUCGUCAUCUCCAAUGAUCCAGAGAAAGAUAGAGCUGGACAAGGUGGGUCUCCCUUCAGUAACCCUGCUAGAUACCAGACUCACCCUAUAGGCCUGUAACCCAACAAAGACCUCUGGGUCUGCACUGCCCAGACCCUAUGGGCCCCUCGUCCUGUUUUACUCAAACUGACUCCAACAAUCUGGGACAGCUAUGAUUCACAUCCACAUACUGCACAUCACCAUGCUACAGUAAAUAACCAGACAGAAUGAAAACAGUUCAGUAAAUAACCAGACAGAAUGAAAACAGUUCAGUAAAUAACCAGACAGAAUGAAAACAGUUCAGUGAAGAGACGGACAGGUCAGACAGACAUCUUCCCUGUUUGACUGUGAAUAGUCUAGCAAUCAGCAACUGAAACUCCACAUAGAGGAAAACGGAGCAAUUUUAUUAUAGCCUAAAUGUCUGGCUUUGGACAGACGGACUGUGGAACCCAUUUCAGGAUUAUUCUAAGACGGUAAUGUUUUUUCAAGCAGUGUACCACAGUGUAUGUCCUAGCAGGAAGUCUUUCUCUCAUUGCAGUGUCUGUGUGUGUGUGUGUGUGUGCGUACAUGGAUGUGUGUGUGUGUGUGUGUGCGUACAUGGAUGUGUGUGUGUGUGUGUGUGUGUGUGUGUGCCCCCACUAACCUAAUUAUCCCCCCCCCCCUCUCCCCUCUUCUGUCUAGUUACUAGGAGCUGACAAGCACACCUCUGACUCUGACAGUGUGGCCACUGGUGACAACCUGCCCUCUGGUCAACUCCGUGACAACUGUGAAGGUUAGGCCACAAUCUGCCUCAACAUACCUGAACCUCCCUGGGUGUCUGGUUUCUUCUGUUCUACUGUUCUACUGUAGCUUUGUGUUUACUCGUCUGCAUUCUGAUAGUUCCAACGCUGUGAAAGACCACUUUUAGAUACUCGAUGUAAGGAGGAUCCUUAUUUUUUUUAUUUUAGAACCAUUUUUAAACUGUGAGGCACAGGCCCAAGCAGAUGGAAAUCAAGCACUACGUAGGGCAGUGGAUUUGUCACCCUGAAAACAUAAUGAAUGAGAAAGUAAAGUGAUCCAUGUUCUUGAGUCAGAAGAGGGGUAAACGUUUUGGAUGUUUUACCUAAAGCACAUAAAAGACAGAGGAAGUGGGGCCCGGAGAAGAACCAUCCUUCCUGCCCUCUUCCUGCCUUUGUCUCACAAUGACAUCAUAGGACAUACGUACACAGGGCAGAGAGGUAGCGCCUGGUCGACGGGGCACUGCGACUUCAAAACAAAAAAUGUUGAAGCACAGAACUACAUUUGCCUACAUUGUUUGAUUGCCAAUAGAGUGUGCCACAUUGGAACGUGAGCUUCCAGUAAAUAGCUAACUUAAACAGGCCCUACAUGAUCUAGUAAAUUACUGUUUUGUAAUCGACUCUGUGCUGACUCCGGUGUGUUUCUGUUCAGGGAAGGGGAAGAGGGGGGCGUUUUCAGAGCUGACGGGGUCUAUGAGCAGAGCGGCUGGACGGAAGAUCACCAGGAUCAUCAGUUUCUCUAAGAAGAAGCCUCCUCUCCCAGGAGACACUCUGUCCUCCUACCACCAUGACGACAACCCCCGCUGUGGUGAGCACCGUGCAUCCAUGCCAUAUUUGACAUAUUUAUCCCUCAGUCGUAAUCUCUGGGCUGGUAUUUAGGCUUAAUGAUCAGUUCUCUGCGGUAUGUUACUACUUGUCUUUUGUCUUCCCACCUUUUAGAAGCUGUUAUUUUCAUUUUUACUGCUUCAUAUAAUUACCUUUUUAUGGAAAGUAUUUAUGUAUUCCAAUCCCCCUGUCCCCAGGUUAUCUGAAUCUACUGGUGAGGCAGUGUUGGAGGGAGAGAUGGUGCUGUGUAAGGAGUGGAACACUGUACCUUCACAAAGACCGGGGUGACCUGCGUACCCACGUCAGCGCUGUGGUCCUCCAUGGGGCUGAGGUCGUACCUGGACUAGGGCCCAAGCACCCCUUCGCCUUCCGCAUCCUGCAAGGAGGCAACGAGGUGGCUGCCUUGGAGGUAUGUGUGUGUAUAUGUAGCCCAAUGUGUGACAUUUUCUCCCCUAUUACAGACAUAAAUCUCUUGACCAGUCUCUCCGGUCUGUCUCGUGGGUUCUAGUCCCCUUUGGGAUCAGUGCCAUGUGGUGAUUGAUGUAAGUGUCUGUGUGUGUGUACAACAGGCCAGCUGUUCAGAAGAGAUGGGCCGCUGGCUGGGGGUUUUGCUGGCAGAGUCUGGCUGCGCCACCACCCCAGAGGCCCUGCACUACGACUAUGUAGACGUGGACACCAUCACUAGCAUCACAGACGCAGCAAGACACUCCUUCCUGUGAGUCUUGAGGCUGGGGUAAUUUCCAAAUAUUUCCAAAUAAAUUUUUAAGGGGAGUACAUUUCUAAUGCCAGACGGCGUCAAUGCUUAUGUCUCUUUCCAUCCUCUUCCUGUCCCAUAGAUGGGCUACCUCAUCCAGCAGCGCCUCCACAGACUCCAGAACCUAUGACGAGGUUCCUUAUGAGAGCAUAUUGGUAGGAGAUACAAAUACUAAACAUGAUUUAACUUGUCAUAAGUUGACACAUUAUAAUGACACUUGAAUUUCAUUUCAUUUUGAAAGGUGGAAAGCUCCACACCCUUUUCUAGUGGGUAGGAAAUCACAUUUCAAGAAAAACUGGUUAACCAAACCCUAUCGGCUGUGCAUGAGACGGCAAUAUAUCAACAACCUCUUCACUGUAGAAGAAACCCAGGCUUCCUUUGGUUGAGAUUUACAUCUAAUGAAUCCCCAACUCUGUGUUCACACACCAUAACUGCAGCUGGAGUCCUAAGGAUCCAGUUGAUGAAUGAUCUGUUCCUACAUCCUCCCAUAUCUCUCCACAGAAUCAGGGAGUCGCAGGCCUUUUUAUUCUAGAGCAGUUUGAAGGCCGGCUGAAUGCCGAUAGGCUCCUCUGUGGGUAUGUGGGAGGGUAGAUAGCGCUCCAGGGAUGAGUUCUGAUGAGCGUCUUUCAGAGCAGUAAGGAACAGAUCGAAAUGUACUGAGCGGAGGUGUGGUCCAAAAUAGGGAAGGGUUGUCAAACUAUUUUUCUUGCUUUGGGGAGGUUGUGUGUUUUUUAUUAUGGGGCACAGGGGAGAGUAGUGUGUUUUUUUUGGGAGGACAUGGGAGGGUAGUGUGGUUUUUGGGAGGACAUGGGAGGGUAGUGUGUUUUUUUCCCUGGUUUACAUUCACUCUCCUGCUUGUAUUUUCCCUAUAAACAACGGCUUGACUUACUUUUGAUAUUACCCUAAUGAAGGUUAGAAACAUUUGUGAAGGUUUGGUAUGGUGUGGCUAUUAUGAAGCUUUAGAUACUGCAGGCCUAUGAUGAAGGCAGUGAGCCCAGGCGCUCCAACUGACUCCCACAGUUGGACUUGAGGUGAGGAAGACUGUUUCAGGACUACCAGAGUUACUCCUAUAAUAUAAUGCUUAUCUUUAUACAAAAUAUUCCGAUCGAAAAUGAACAAAUUAGCCUCCUCCUGUACGUCUAUAUCUGUAUAGCAGAUGCAGUAGCCAUCUGACAUAAAGAAAUGCAUGUCGGUGUCGUAGCAUGCCACCGGCAUAUCUCUAUCUCCAGUGGUAUAAAGUACUUAAGUAAAAAUACUUUAAAGUACUAUUUAAGUAGUUAUUUGGGGUAUCUGUACUUUACUUUUUCUAUUUUUGACAUUGUUUUACUUUUACUCCACUACAUUCCUAAAGAAAAAAAAAUAAUUUUUACUCCAUACAUUUUCUCACACCCAAAAGUUACAUUUUGAAUGCUUAGCUGGACAGGAAAAUGGUCCAAUCCACACACUUAUCAAGAGAACAUCGCUGGUCAUCCCUACUGCCUCUGAUAUGGCGGACUCACUAAACACAAAUGCUUCAUUUGUAAAUUAUGUCUGAAUAUAAGGGGUGUGCCCCUGGCAAAAAAAAACAAGAACAUUGUGCUGUCUGGUUUGCUUAAUGUACUUUUUAGACUUUUACUCAGACUUUUACUGGGUCACUUUUACGUGAGUAAUUUUCUAUUAAGGUAUGUUUACUUUUAAUCAAGUAUGACAAUUGGGUACUUUUCCCACCACUGUGUCUCUCUCUCUCUCUCUCUCUCUCUCUCUCUCUCUCUGGGGUUAGGCCUAAGCUUCUCUUCCUUUUAUUUCUAUAUUCAGACCCCUUCACUUUUUCCACAUUUUUUUUUUUAUCCUCAUCAAUCUACACACUACCCCAUAAUGACAAAAGAAAAACAGGUUUUUAGACAUUUUUGCAAAUAUAUUACAAAUAAACUGAAAUGCUACAUUUACAUAAGUAUUCAGACCCUUUACUCAGUACUUUAUUGAAGCACCUUUGGCAGCGAUUACAGCCUUGAGUCUUCUUGGGUAUGACGCUACAAGCUUGGCACACCUGUAUUUGGGGAGUUUCUCCCAUUCUUCUCUACAGAUCCUCCCAAGUGUUGCUGCACAGUCAGGGCUCUGGCUGGGCCACUCAAGGACAUUGAGACUUGUCCCGAAGCCACUACUGCGUUGUCUUGGCUGUGUGCUUAGGGUCGUUGUCCUGUUGGAAGGUGAACCUUCGCCCCAGUCUGAGGUCCUGAGCGCUCUGGAGCAGGUUUUCAUCAAGGAUCUCUCUGUACUUUGCUCCGUUCAUCUUUCCCUCGAUCCUGACUAGUCUCCCAGUCCCUGCCGCUGAAAAACAUCCCCACAGCAUGACACCACCAUGCUUCACUGUAGGGAUGGUGCUAGGUUUUCUCCAGAUGUGACGCUUGGCAUUCAGGCCAAAGGGUUCAAUCUUGGUUUCAUCAGACCAGAGAAUCUUGUUUCUCAUGCCUGGCCUAACUGAGCAAUCGGGGGAGAAGGGUCUUGGUCAGGGAGGUGAUCAAGAACCCGAUGGUCACUCUGACAGAGCUCCAGAGUUACUCUGUGGAAAUGGGAGAACCUUCCAGAAGGACAACCAUCUCUGCAGCACUCCACCAAUCAGGCCUUUUAGGUAGAGUGGCCAGAUGGAAGCCACUCCUCAGUAAAAGGCACAUGACAGCCCACUUGGAGUUUUCCAACUGUGGGACCUUUAUAUAGACAGGUGUGUGCAUUUCCAAAUCAUGUCCAAUCAAUUGAAUUUACCACAGGUGGACUCCAAUCAAGUUGUAGAAACAUCUCAAGGAUGAUCAAUGUAAACAGGAUGCACCUGAGCUCAAUUUUGAGUCUCAUAUCAAAGGGUCUGAAUACUUAUGUAAAUAAGGUACUUUUUUUGUUUUAUGUUUUUUUUGCAAAGAUUUCUAACAACCUGUUUUCGCUUUGUCAUUAUUGGGUAUUGUGUGUAGAUUGAUGAGGAAAAUGUGUAUUUAAUCAAUUUUAGAAUAGGACUGUAACGUAACAAAAUGUGGAAAAUGUUAAGAGGUCUCUCAUACAGUGGACACCUAAGCCUAUAGGCCUUUGCAUGCAAUGCCCUGAUACAUUUAGUGGUGAAAUCUCUGAUAGUUGAACCGUGAGGCGGACAAUUAUUAUUUUAGGAACGUAGCCCAAAAAUAUAUUUUAAAAAAUUGGCUAUAGUUUUACAUUUUCUACACAUCAAAACACAAGGAAUAGUAUUUUUGUAAUUUGCUAUAGGCUGUUUUUAAGGACACGUAAAUGUGGCUCAUUUUGCCAACAUCCCUCGUUUAUUGAUGUUGCUGGCUGCACCAGGCUAGAUCUGAAUGCAUAUGGAUGUCCAUUACAUUUCUCAAAUGUCCGAUAAAUUUAAAUCUUCCCUGUCAUGUUGUCCGGCGCUAAAUUCUCCUAAAAGAAACUCUGAAAUGGCAAAUUGUUUUUAUGAAGAUUUUUGAAUAUUCACUUGAAAACCUGUCGCCAAUUGGAUGGAAACCUAGCUAUAGACUCCCUAAAGACUCUGGCAACUCACUAGUCCAGUGUCACCUUGAUUAUGCCUGCACAUCAUGGUUCACCAGCAGCCCCAAACGUCUAAAGAAUAAGCUUCAGACUAGGGUUGAAUAAGCUACCAGCCAAACAAACUUGUAAGAAUUGUAAUUAAACUCCCCCCUUAUACUCAUCUGGAGGUUGAGCAUUUUCUCAUCUCUCUUUCUGUAAUGUGUCUGUAUCUAUGUAAUUGUAUAUGUACAGUGGCUUGCGAAAGUAUUCACCCCCCUUGCCAUUUUUCCUAUUUUGUUGCCUUACAACCUGGAAUUAAAUGGAUUUUUUUGGGGGGGGGUUGAAUCAUUUGAUUUACACAACAUGCCUACCACUUUGAAGAUGCAAAAUAUUUUUUUGUGUGAAACAAACAAGAAAUAAGACAAAAAACAGAACUUGAGCGUGCAUAACUAUUCAAUAGUCAAUACUUUGUAGAGCCACCUUUUUCAGCAAUUACAGCUGCAAGUCUCUUGGGGUUUGUCUCUAUAAGCUUGGCACAUCUAGCCACUGGGAUUUUUGCCCAUUCUUCAAGGCAAAACUGCUCCAGCUCCUUCAAGUUGGAUGGGUUCCGCUGGUGUACAGCAAUAUUUAAGUCAUACCACAGAUUCUCAAUUGGAUUGAGGUCUGGGCUUUGACUAGGCCAUUCCAAGACAUUUUAAAUGUUUCCCCUUAAACCACUCGAGUGUUGCUUUAGCAGUAUGCUUAGGGUCAUUGUCCUGCUGGAAGGUGAACCUCCGUCCCAGUCUCAUCUCUGGAAGACUGAAAGAUUUCCCUCAAGAAUUUCCCUGUAUUUAGCGCCAUCCAUCAUUCCUUCAAUUCUGACCAGUUUCCCAGUCCCUGCCGAUGAUGCUGCCUCCAACAUGCUUCACUGUGGGGAUGGUGUUCUCGGGGUGAUGAAAGGUGUUGGGUUUGCACCAGACAUAGCGUUUUCCUUGAUGGCCAAAAAGCUCAAUUUUAGUCUCACCUGAGUACCUCCUUCCAUAUGUUUGGGGAGUCUCCCACAUGCCUUUUGGCGAACACCAAACGUGUUUGCUUAUUUUUUUCAUUUAGCAAUUUUUUCUGGCCACUCUUCCAUAAAGCCCAGCUCUGUGGAGUGUACUGCUUAAAGUGGUCCUAUGGACAGAUACUCCAAUCUCUGCUGUGGAGCUUUGCAGCUCCUUCAGGGUUAUCUUUGGUCUCUUUGUUGCGUCUGAUUAAUGCCUGGUCCAUGAGUUUGUUGUGGUGCCAUAUUCUUUCCAUUUUUUAAUAAUGGAUUUAAUGGUGCUCCGUGGGAUGUUCAAAGUUUCUGAUAUUUUUUUAUAACCCAACCCUGAUCUGUACUUCUCCACAACUUUGUCCCUGACCUGUUUGGAGAGCUCCUUGGUCUUCAUGGUGCCGCUUGCUUGGUGGUGCCCCUUGCUUAGUGGUGUUGCAGACUCUGGGGCCUUACAGAACAGGUGUGUAUAUAUACUGAGAUCAUGUGACAGAUCAUGUGACACUUAGAUUGAACACAGGUGGACUUUAUUUAACUAAUUAUGUGACUUCUGAAGGUAAUUGGUUGCACCAGAUGUUAUUUAGGGGCUUCAUAGCAAAGGGGUGAAUCCAUAUGCACGCACCACUUUUCCGCUUUUUAUUUUUUUGAAAUCUUUGAAACAAGUUAUUUUUUUCAUUCCACUAAACCAAUUUGGACUAUUUUGUGUAUGUCCAUUACAUGAAAUGCAAAUAAAAAUCAAUUUAAAUUACAGGUUGUAAUGCAACAAAAUAGGAAAAACGCCAAGGGGGAUGAAUACUUUUGCAAGGCGCUGUACUUCUGUAAAAAAUAGGGACUAGGAUGGAAAUAAAUAUAAUAAUUUCCCGAUCACUUAAAAACAUAUUUGUGUACUGUAGAUAUUUAUUAUUAAAGCUGACAAAUAAAAUCAAUCAAUCCAAACUGUGCAGCGGACAAUUGAUGAAUGGAAAGAGACAUCUGUUACAAAACACCAAAACGUUUAAUGACAUUCGGAGAUUGUCAAGCCAAGCCUUCGAUACUGGGUAAGUCUACAAGGUAGGGAGGGAUGUUUUUUCUGUUUGUCCAGAUUGACAGUCUAUUUAUUGUGGUGUUGAAAAAGCAAACCAUGAUAAUGAAGUGGCUGAAGUCGGUAUGCUUUGUUUAUUGGUUGUGUUGUGUAUUGGCAUAGAAACCUGUUGGUGGAAAAUGUUGCAUAUAUUUUAUAGAAUUAUAGAUAUGGCAUCAAAAUGUUGAAAAUCUGAUUUCCCCCCUAGCUGAUCAUUGUCUGCAGCCGGCUCUGAUCGUAGUGUAAUGAAACAGGCAGGGAGCGUGAGCUCGUCUGUGGUGGUCAGAGAACCCUCAACAUUCUGGCCCGUAGCCCUGCGUGGCAUCAACUGUACCACAAAAGCAUGCUGGAGUGGCAAAGUCGAUAUCCACGUUUAUUAACACAGGGUCGCUACAGUUCUAAUUUUUGGCUGUAAACAUUAUUUUGAGUUAAUUCUAUGAGGGGGGAGGGUAUUCCAUUUAUUUUACAGUCCAAGAGGAGGGUCGUGAAAAAUAUUUUUUUUAUGUUGGGGAGGGGGGUGCAUUUCUUCUUUUUUUUUGACAACUUGAGUUGGACCAGCCCCUUCCCUGCUCUUCCCUGCUCUACCCUUCCCUGCUCUACCCUACCCUGCUCUUCCCUUCCCAGGUCUAUCCUUCCCUGCUAUUCCCUUCCCUGCUCUAUCCUUCCCUGCUUUACCCUACCCUUCCCUGCUCUUCCCUUCCCUGCUCUAUCCUUCCCUGCUUUACCCUACCCUUCCCUGCUCCUCCCUUCCCUGCUCUUCCCUUCCCUGCUCUUCCCUUCCCAGCUCUAACUUUCCCUGCUCUUCCCUGCUUUACCCUACCCUUCCCUGCUCUUCCCUUCCCUGCUCUAUCCUUCCCUGCUUUAUCCUACCCUUCCCUUCUCUACCCUUCCCUGCUUUAUCCUACCCUGCUUUAUCCUACCCUGAACUACCCUUCCCUGCUUUAUCCUACCCUGCUCUACCCUUCCCUGCUGUACCCGACCCUGCUCUACCCUGCUUUAUCCUACCCUGGACUACCCUUCCCUGCUCUACCCUUCCCUGCUGUACCCGACCCUGCUCUACCCUGUUUUAUCCUACCCUGGACUACCCUUCCCUGCUCUACCCUUCCCUUCUCUACCCUUCCCUGCUCUACUCUACCCUGCCUUACCCUUUCCUACCCUUCCCUCCACAGCAGCCAGAGGAGCAGGUGCCCAGACCAGGAGCUCUGGUGAAACGCCACUCUUCUUUCUCCAGCAGCAGAGAGACCGAGAAGGUGGAAUCCCUAGUCACCAUAAAGAGACAUGGCUCCAGUAAGUCUCCAGAAGGUCAGCCAAGACUGUGUGUGAUGCUGGGAAGAGAGGGGGGAAUUUUACAUUACCUCGUCUUUUUAGAUGAUUCCUAGAAUAAACCUAAUAUUAUUUAUCAAUGUAUUUUUGUUGUUUCUCUACCUUAGAUGUGAAUCCGCAAGUAUCAGGGAAGUAUGGCAAAACACGAGCAGAGGACGACGCCAGGAGGUACCUGAAGGAGAAAGAAGAGAUGGAGAAGGAGCGAGAGGUCAUCAAAAGUGCCCUGCUUGUAUUACGCAAGGAGAGGAAAGGGGUGAAGGAACAACUGAAGGACGCUACAGGUAAGACAGUAAAACAACAUUGAAUUUAUUGUAUUGAAUUUCUUUUAAAAUGAGAGAGCAUGUUUUUUUGCGUAGAUUACUGGCGCCACCUACUGCUUGGCCACAGUAUAGGAAUUCUUCACUCUGACAUAUUGAGGCGCUGUGGAACCUAACAAGUGAAUGUGUGUAUGUGACUGUGGUCAGGUAAGCAGCAGAAGCAGCUGGAGAAGCGUUUGGCCCAGCUGGAGGAGAACUGCAGGGGGAAGGAGGGGGAGCGGGUGGACCUGGAGCUGCGUCUCACUGAGGUGAAGGAGAAUCUAAAGAAGUCGCUGGCUGGAGGGGUGCUGGGGCCGCCCACAGAGAGCAAACCCCCCAGAAAGGUACCUGGCUCACUUGAACUCCUACUACAUCACAAAUAAUUUUAUCAAUUCCAGACCAUGGUUUAUUGUCUUUUAGAGUCUUUACCCAUUAACAGAUAUUCUCAACUUCUCUUUCCUCAUGCUGUAUGUCCAGGUUCAGAUCAGUAAAUUUGAUCAUCUAUACAGCGAGGCAUCCAUGCCAGUAAACUGUGCUGCUGAGAUGCGGAAGCGCCCCCUAUCUGUCUAUGCAUCUGGCAGGGGGAAUGUCAUGCAGAAAGCCAAGGUAGGCAGUCAUCAAACAAGAUCCAAGGCACCCAUUGACCUGAUGUACCUGUUCUAUCAAGUAGCACUGUGUCUCAAUGUUCAGUAACAAAAUCAGACUAACAAACUUACAGCAAGAUCAGCCCCCAUAGGCUUACUUUAUGUACCAACACUACACGAGUGUCCUGUUUUUCAGGAAUGGGAGUCGAAGAAGGGGACUUAG